ACCUCCCUCAUUCCCUUAACCAAUUUUCUCCUUUACUCUUCUUUAUUGUAAUUGCUUCCAUUUCUCACUACACUUUUCAGAUACAAAACCUGCAAAAACUGUCACUAGGCAGUUAGUAUAAAACUUUUUAAGGUAGUUAAACUUUUGUGUACAUGAAGCUAGAAAGGAGGUAUUCAAUUAUUACAUUGACUGAUAUAUAACUAGUCAAUUAUAUAGUUGGAGUUAAAAGAGUUGCUGUAAAUAGAAUGAAGGAAAGUGGGAGGAAACAAGGUGCAGCUUCUCCAUGUGCAGCUUGUAAGUUGCUAAGGAGGAGAUGUGCACAAGAUUGUGUUUUUGCUCCUUAUUUUCCAGCUGAUGAGCCACACAAGUUUGCAAGUGUGCAUAAGGUCUUUGGUGCUAGCAAUGUCAACAAGAUGCUUCAGGAGUUACCGGAGCAUCAACGGGGGGAUGCCGUGAGUUCAAUGGUGUAUGAGGCUAAUGCUAGAGUGAGAGAUCCAGUUUAUGGUUGUGUUGGAGCUAUAUCAUCUUUGCAGCAGCAAAUUGACCAUCUCCAAUCACAAUUGGCAAUUGCACAAGCUGAGGUGGUACACAUGAGGAUGCGACAAUUCUCGUCCAUGUCUGGUGGUGGCACAGCCGGGAACUCACCAGAAAAUGUGUCACCAUCGUCCCGACACCCUCAAACUCAGCCAACCAUGUCCCUUUUUACCAUGGAGAUGGUGGUAGAUCAAGCUCAUAUGGAGGAGUCCUUAUGGUCAUGCUAGUAACUAUUUAAUAAUUUAGCUAGUUUCUUGGCUAGCAUGCUUCCCUAGUCUUUUCUAAUAUUUGCUAUCAAGGUCUUACUGUCUGCUUCUUUUCCUUACUAUAAAUCUUUAUAGUACAUCUCUACCUGACCCCUCAAGAGAUGAUGAUGAUGACCAUCAUUAACCAUAUUGUAAAUGUUUAAACAUAUAAUUAUGAGCUAUUAUGAUAUGUGUAGUUAUGUA